AAUGGCCUGGCACUAUAUAAUAGUAAUUUCCCAUUACAAUAUGUGGAAGGAACCGAGUGAGUAAGAACAAACUAUACAAGACCGACCCCAUGUGCUUCUCUCUCAUCACAUUCUCAAGUCUCAACAUAACCAAUAAUUGAAUUUGAAUCAUUUGGAUCUCUAAAUACAAACACUAACACCCCCUUUAUGAUCCCUUGUUGGUAACCACAUUUGCAACCAAAAACCAGCUCCUAUGAGCAACGAAAUGAAAGAAGCAAGUGCCUUAGGAGCAAGAACAGCACGAGCAUGCGAGAGUUGCCUAAAAGUGAGAGCACGUUGGUAUUGUGCAGCUGAUGAUGCUUUCCUUUGUCGUGGCUGUGACACCAUGGUUCACUCAGCGAACCAAUUAGCAAGCAGGCACGAAAGGGUUAAGCUUCAAACUGCAUCUUCCAAGGUCAACUACUCAGUGACCCCCCACGACAGCAAUAAGGUAGCAUGGCAUAGUGGAUUCACACGCAAGGCAAGAACUCCACGUCACAAGCACUCAUCAGUGCAACAACAACUACAACAUGAACAAGAAGAGGUGUUUUUCAACAACACUAUUAGUUCUCUUCCCCUUGUCCCAGAGCUUGGAAGUGAAGAACCACUUCUUAAUGACGAGUCCGAGGAGCAACUUCUGUGUCGCGUGCCCGUGUUUGAUGCUGAAGAAGCCUUUGACUUGGAGUUUCUCCCUUCAGACAUGGACCUUGCUGACUUUGCUGCUGAUGUUGAAAACUUACUAGGAAACGGGGCUGGUGAGGAUUCAUGUGAGCACAUGAAAGGAUCAGAACUACUACUUAAAGAAGAAGAAGGUGAUGAAAUGGAUGCAUGUGUUAAUGGACUAAUUGGGGCCAAAGAUGCAAUGGUGAAGGUUAAAGAUGAAGAAGAACUUGAUGGUGAUGACACAGCUUGUCAUAUUCUUGACAUGGAUAGUGAGGCCUUUAAUUGGAAUAUUAAUGCUGAGUCAGAAUCACAUGCACAGGAACAGGAAGAGGAGGUGAGUAAAGUGGGAAUUAACAAUAAGAAGGACAUAUUUUUGAGGCUAAACUAUGAAGAAGUGAUUACUGCUUGGGCCAGUCAAGGUUCUCCUUGGACUACAGGAACCCCACCUAAGUUCAACUCUGAUGAUUGCUGGCCAGACGUUUUGGGUUCAAGUGGUGUGGAUGUUCAAUUCCGUUAUGGGGAAUUGAGAAGCUUGAUGGGGCAUAGAGAUGGGGGAAGAGAAGCAAGAGUGUCAAGGUACCGAGAGAAGAGAAGAACACGUUUAUUUGCAAAGAAGAUAAGGUAUGAAGUGAGGAAGUUGAACGCGGAGAAAAGACCUAGAAUGAAAGGUCGAUUUGUGAAGAGGACAUCCUUUGUUGGAGCCACUGCUUUGCCACCACUGACAUCAAAGUGAUAAAAUGGUUAACUUUUCCAACUUUGAUUUUAUGGAAAAGUUAACUAGACUGAUUAUUAGUAAUUACUUGGUAAUUGGUGUUGCCAUGUAUGUACAAUAACAUCACUAUUAGGUCAUCAGGUUUCUCGUGCUUGGGAUAUUUAUUGCUUUCUCUAGCAGGUCUAGUACUAAUUGAAAUGCUGGUAUAGCCCCCCUCUCAGCAUUUUGAAGCCUUUGGUAAUCAAUUUCGGAAGCCCUUUUAAAUUGUUGCUUUAUGAUAUAAGAUUAUGUAAUCUAUGCAAUGCUGUGUUAUAUAUAUCUACAUAUAUGUUUACCUUAACUCUUUGAGGGUACUGAUUAACAGUGUUUAAUAUCAGGUACUUGUGUCUACAUGUUUUGCAUCUAUGCAUAGGAACAAGAAGAAGAAGGAAGCAACAGGUGAAUUGGACUAUAAAGACUAAAGCACUAUUCAUCAAAUAAAAUUAGUUUCUAAGUCUGAUAUCAGACUUAGAAACUAAUUAACAAACAUGAUAAAGAAAAUAUGUAAUAUUCAAAUAUGUUCAUGCUUAUGGACAUAAUAGAAUGAGCAUGCUUGAAAUGAAACUGCAUAUGAAAACAACUAGUAAGGGUAUGUAGUAAACAAGCCAAACUGUUUAAACAAUUUGAUUAAUUAAGUUCUCUUUAAUUUAAAGUAUAAAUUUUGUACAUGCGAAAUGCUGAAUAUUGUGAAAGACAACUCCAGGAAUUAAUAUGUAAAUUACGUGGUGAAUUUGUAUUUAUCUAUCCAUUUAAAGACAUACAUUCUUCUACAAA